AAAGGGGUAUUGAAGGCCCCCCACUCCCGGCUUUGUGGCCCUGGGUAACAGCUGUUCCUUCAUUGCAGCAGCCCCAGAGGCUCCCCCAGGCUGCUGGGAAACAGGCAGAGCAGAUCAGGGGAAGUGAGAACCAAGCAUGGGGGGUGCCCUUCAGGGCUUGGGAGUAGGGAGCUCACAGAGCCUGCCUUUGCUUCCAAGAGAUGCCUUAUUGUCUGUAUUUCGAGUGUGUCUGCACUCAUGCUGGUGUCUGCUCAGCAGGUGAGGCCAUCCCCACUGUGCCUGCCCAUGUCUAUGUACCUGUGUGUAUACAUGCACACGGGCCUUUGGUUCUGUGUGUGUAACCAUGGCUGCGUCUGCUUGCGGUGGCCCUGGCAAGCUGUGCCCCAGCAGGCAUUAGGAUGUGGUUGGGGCUGGGUGUGGCUGCGUUCGUGUGGACGGCUGCGUGGUGAUGUGCCCGGAAUGCUGCUAACUGUGUGGGCCCCUGCUACCAGGGCUGCAAGAGACUGGCUGGCCAGGAGUGUUGCUCUGGGGGCUGUGUCCAUACGCAGCUAUCUGGGUGUAGCUAUGUGUCUGUGUACAGUUGUACUACUCUGUGUUCAUGUGUAAGGCCGUGUGCUUUUCUGUGUGUCCACAUGUAAAGCUGUAGGUCAGUUCAGCUGUGUGUGUGAGUUUAGCUAUCUGUGUGUAGACAUGUCCAUAUGUAUGGCUCUGUGUACGGGACUGUGUGUCCAUGAAUACAGUUGUGUGUCUGCAUGUAAAUUUAUGUGUUACUGCUGCGUCUGUGUGCACAGCUAUGUGUGAGGUUGCAAGUACUUCUGUGUGUGUGGCCGUGUGCAUACGCACAGCUCUGUAAGGCUGGGUGUCUUUGUGCACACAGUUGGGAGUGGUGGCCACAUGUCUGGGGGCAGGUCCAGGUGCUGCAACAGGGCUGCUUAGUCCCUUGCCGUGGUCUGCAGAGUGCGCCUCUGGAACUGGUGCUGGUCUAAAGCCCUGAGGUCUUUUGUGAGGCUACCUCAGUGAGAGGGCUGGGGUUGCUGUGUGGCUCCUCUUCCCUCAGCACCCUGCUGCUACCAGCCUCUCUGUUCCAAGGGCCCAGCUCCUCACUCACCGACACCAGGCAGCAGUUGCUUUGAACUAGCCAGAGCUGGAAGACAGUGUAUCUGUCACCAGCCUUGUCUGACAACCCUGAACCCUCAUCCUGCUGUCACCUCACCUCGCAUUAGCAGUGGGGUUUGGGUUUGUUUGGUUUUGGUGUAUUUGUCUGUUUCACAGCUGUGCUUUUCCCAGCACAGUGGGGCAUUGGGUUUCUGUGUCCAGGGACAAAGCCGGUCCUUCCUUGGUGAUACCUUUCCCCCCUAACUGUGACACGCAUAUGUAGAUGUAUGUGCCAGAGGGACCUGGGCUUGGAUGUGCUCAUUAGCAUGUGUCUGCGCUAGCUUUGCCUCUAGUGACACCUGUGGAAGAAAGGGCAGUGCCUAGGAGCAUAGGCAGGGAUGUUGUGCGCCUUGGCACCUAGUGUGUGUGCAGGCUCUGGGGCUAAACCCAGGUACAGGCCCCUCUCCAGACCCUUCAGCACAAGCGGAUGCUGGCGUAUCCACCACCUUCUACCCAGGGGUGUCCUCCAUUCUGCUGCAGGAGGGAAGAAGAGUCAAGAGCAUCUUCUCAGAGCUGUCCUCCCUCUGCUUGGGCUCCAGCUCCCAUUCCCUCCUACGCAUCAGCCAGUUUCAGGAGCCUCUUCUCCAUUCCCCUGCCCUCCCAGAUCCCCCUGCCAGCCCCACCAUGUUCCCUUAGGGUUGACCCUAGCCCCUGGCCCUGCAGCAUCCCCCAUACUCUCCAGGUUGAUCUAUCUUUGCCAUAAAUGCCCUUUGUAUGUGAGGGUGGGGAUUAGUGAGGUUGGUGGGAGAGGAGGUCAGGGCUGGGUGUGUGUGUGUUGGGGGGUUGGGUAGCAGCUUUAAAGGUCAUCUGCAGGAAGAGGAGGCCCCAUCCUCCUCUGACCACCCACCCCCCAUCUCUUCCUCCUAGUGGCUCAGGCCCCGCUCUCACAUGGGGCCAAAGACACAUGCCCCCACCCCAAGCCUGGCAUGUGGACUGAGCUGCAGUCUGUGGAUUGAGAGAAUGGAUGUGAGGACAGGGACAGACUUGUCGCAGCAGGCUAAGCUACCUAUCUCCCACAUGCCCCCUUCCCCAGCUCCCAGUUGCACCUUGCAACCCUAAGGCUAGCCCCUCUGCUCUCAAAGAUGGGAGCCCAUAACACUGCGUGCACCUCCUGGGGCUCAGUGACCUUCGUAGCCCCGUGUCCCGCGCCCGCUGCUCUGUGGGCUGCAUGCGUUCUGACCGAGGGGUGGAGGGGGCUGAUAGGCACCUGCUCCUGCGCAGAGCAGGAGUGCCGGAGGAUUCAGCACCACGCGGUGGACAGCUCCGGGACGGAAGCCCCGCGAAGACCCAGGAGCCGGAGGCACAGGGCAAGGAGCGGUGCAGGAGUCUGGAGGGAGGCGGAGGCCCGGUUGGGAGCGGGAGAUCCGGAGUGGGGAGGAACGGGGGAGGGGCUGGGGGCGGGCCGGGGCCAGGGGCGGGGCGGGCCGCGAUUGAAAGCGGCCGGGCGAGCGGGGCGGGCGGAGAGCGCAGAGCUGCCGAGCGAGGGAGCAAGCCAGCGAGCGAGAGCUGGAACCCUGCGCCCCCGGCUCCUCUCCGUUUCUCUCCGCGCCGGAGUCGGGCACGCCAGGUGGCCAACCUCCUGCGGCUGUUUCAGAUUCCACAGAUCAGCUAUGCCUCCACCAGUGCCAAGCUGAGCGACAAGUCCCGCUAUGACUACUUUGCCCGCACAGUGCCCCCCGACUUCUUCCAAGCCAAGGCCAUGGCUGAGAUCCUCCGCUUCUUCAACUGGACCUAUGUGUCCACUGUGGCAUCUGAGGGCGACUAUGGCGAGACAGGCAUUGAAGCCUUUGAGCUAGAGGCCCGGGCCCGCAACAUCUGCGUGGCCACCUCGGAGAAGGUGGGCCGUGCCAUGAGCCGCGCAGCCUUUGAGGGUGUGGUGCGAGCCCUGCUGCAGAAGCCCAGCGCCCGCGUGGCUGUUUUGUUCACCCGUUCCGAGGACGCUCGCGAGCUCCUCGCCGCCACCCAGCGCCUCAAUGCCAGCUUCACUUGGGUGGCCAGCGAUGGUUGGGGAGCGCUGGAGAGCGUGGUGGCCGGCAGCGAGGGGGCUGCUGAGGGCGCCAUCACUAUCGAGCUGGCCUCUUAUCCCAUCAGCGACUUUGCCUCCUACUUCCAAAGCCUGGACCCCUGGAACAACAGCCGGAACCCCUGGUUCCGGGAGUUCUGGGAGCAGAGGUUCCACUGCAGCUUCCGGCAGCGAGAUUGCGCCGCCCACUCGCUGCGGGCGGUGCCUUUUGAGCAAGAGUCCAAGAUCAUGUUCGUGGUCAAUGCGGUUUAUGCCAUGGCCCACGCGCUGCACAACAUGCACCAAGCCCUCUGCCCCAACACCACCCAGCUCUGCGAUGCAAUGCGGCCUGUCAACGGGCGCCGCCUCUACAAGGACUUUGUGCUGAACGUCAAGUUUGAUGCCCCCUUCCGCCCGGCCGACACGCAGAGUGAGGUUCGCUUUGACCGCUUUGGUGAUGGCAUUGGACGCUACAACAUCUUCACGUAUCUGCGGGCAGGCAGUGGGCGCUACCGCUACCAGAAGGUGGGCUACUGGGCAGAAGGCCUGACCCUGGACACCAGCCUUAUCCCGUGGGCCUCACCCUCAGCCGGCCCCCUGCCGGCCUCUCGCUGCAGUGAGCCCUGUCUCCAGAAUGAGGUGAAGAGCGUGCAGCCGGGAGAGGUCUGCUGCUGGCUGUGCAUCCCGUGCCAGCCAUACGAGUACCGGCUGGACGAGUUCACAUGCGCUGACUGUGGCCUGGGCUACUGGCCCAACGCCAGCCUAACUGGCUGCUUCGAGCUGCCUCAGGAGUACAUCCGCUGGGGCGAUGCCUGGGCCGUGGGACCCGUCACCAUCGCCUGCCUGGGAGCCCUGGCCACCCUCUUUGUGCUGGGGGUCUUUGUGCGGCACAAUGCCACGCCGGUGGUCAAGGCCUCGGGCCGGGAGCUCUGCUACAUCCUGCUGGGCGGUGUCUUCCUCUGCUACUGCAUGACCUUCGUCUUCAUUGCCAAGCCGUCCACAGUAGUGUGCACCUUACGGCGCCUCGGUUUGGGCACUGCCUUCUCUGUCUGCUACUCAGCCCUGCUCACCAAGACCAACCGCAUUGCGCGCAUCUUCGGCGGGGCCCGGGAGGGAGCCCAGCGGCCACGCUUCAUCAGCCCGGCCUCGCAGGUGGCCAUCUGCCUGGCGCUUAUCUCGGGCCAGCUGCUCAUUGUGGCCGCCUGGCUGGUGGUGGAGGCACCGGGCACGGGCAAGGAGACAGCCCCAGAGCGGCGGGAGGUGGUGACAUUGCGCUGCAACCAUCGGGACGCCAGCAUGCUGGGCUCACUCGCCUACAACGUGCUCCUCAUAGCACUCUGCACGCUCUAUGCCUUCAAGACCCGCAAGUGCCCCGAGAACUUCAACGAGGCCAAGUUCAUAGGCUUUACCAUGUACACCACUUGCAUCAUCUGGCUGGCCUUCCUGCCCAUCUUCUAUGUCACUUCCAGUGAUUACCGGGUACAGACCACCACCAUGUGCGUGUCAGUCAGCCUCAGCGGCUCGGUGGUGCUCGGCUGUCUCUUUGCACCCAAGCUUCACAUCAUCCUUUUCCAGCCGCAGAAGAACGUGGUUAGCCACCGCGCACCCACCAGCCGGUUCAGCAGCGCCGCCACCAGGGCCAGCUCCAGCCUUGCCCAAGGGUCUGGCUCCCAGUUUGUCCCCACCGUUUGCAACGGCCGGGAGGUGGUAGAUUCAACAACAUCGUCGCUUUGAGGACCCCGCAUUCCUGUCCCGACACAGCUGCUCCCUGGGCCCCGGUGCAGAUCUGCAUCCAGGCCCAGGAGGAAGUCAGCUAGAGCACUGCAAUAAGGCCAGUCCCGUGCCCGCCCCCAAGCCACUCUCCCACUGACUCCAGCCCUUCAGAGUCAGAAGUCAGGGUCCUUGGCCCAGGAGCCUCUGCAACAGCCACCAACUGUCUUUGCAGCGUGUCCCCUCCUUGCUAGGCCCAGACUCGGAAGGGAGCAAGCCAGGGUCUACUAGGUCCUGGAACAAGAAGGCUGAGGACUGCUGGCCCCAAUUCCCAAUCAGCAAAGGUGCUUCCAGCCCUGUCCCUCCCUCCUCCUAGGGCCUUUUUAAUUUUUUACAUAAGUUAUUCCGGGAUGGGGAGGAGGGUUCUUGUGGGGAACAUCCCUCCCCCUGCAUAAUAGUUUGUCCUGUGGUUUAUUUUGUACUAUCUGUAAAUAAAGUGUCUUUAUUUAAAAAAAAAAAAAAA